AUGCGUCCUGCCGCGACAUUGAUGCAGCUGGCUCUGGCCGUCUCGUCAGUUGCCCCUGUGGUUUCUGCCUGGCCCAACUGGCUCCCUGAGCGCGAGGCCCUCAUUGUCCGCGCCGACAGCAGCGAUGACUCUACCCCCUCCCCUACCCCAGCAGCGACCGGCUCAUCAGCAACCGAUGUCAAGGAGACCGGAAAGGCUACGGGCAAUCAAAACACGGCCACGCCUACUGGGAAAUCCGCGUCCGGUAGCAAGACCAAGAGUUCCUCGACGCCGACCCACACUACGUUUGCCCAGGAUGCGCCUCUCGGUGGCGUCAGCAUGAUUGUGCCUGCCAAUACGGCCCUCGGUACUGCUUUGUAUAGAAUUAGCGACUAUGUGACCUUUAGCUGGAACUAUACUUCCCUGCAGGGCACUCCUACGGCUGUCGAUGUUCUUGCUAGUUGCUCUACCGCCCGUGCCACCUGGACCCUUACUGGCAACAUGACAUUUGCUACUUCUGUCGAAUACGUCUGGGAUACCACGGAUCAGGCCAAUGACCCGAACCAGCCGCUCCUCACAGAGCAGUACACGCUCAUCAUCAAGGAUUCCGAUAUCUCGUUCCAAGACCGCCCUGAGCCCGGCUACCUAGGCACCAACCCCGCUCUCACCUUCGGCCUGUAUGCUGGCAAGCCUUACCAGAACUUGAGCACAUGGAAAUGCCCCGGCUGCCACACCAGCGCUGCAUCUUCUGCCAUGGAUGGCCAGGCAAUAAAGUUUGCCGCGACCAUGAGUAUUGCCACGGUUCUCGGCUUCACAUGGUUUAUUGCCGGCCACGGCAUCAACUGA